CCGGACGCUGGGAGGGGGGGCGCGAGGUUGUCUUCGCGGACACACCGACUGAGCUGCUCCUACCACUGCCGGCCACCCUAGGGCCUGGCGGGUGAGGCUGCGCGGGCCCGGCUGCCGACCGCCAGGCUGCAGGUGUACCUGGUCACCAUGAAGCUGCCAUGCCCAGCCCUCCACAGCUGCUUCCUGCUGACCCUGCUCAACAUAUGGAGAGCUGCUCCCGAGGCCCAUGCCUCUUCCGUGGACGUGCAGGCCGUCAGCGCCACCUCUUUCCUGGAGGACCUCAUGCAUCGCUAUGGGGAGGGCGGCAGCCUCACCCUGCAGCAGCUGAAGGCCCUGCUCAACCACCUGGAUGUGGGAGUGGGCCGGGAUAACGUCACACAGCCUGGGCAGGGACACAGGAACCUCUCCACGUGCUUUAGUUCUGGAGACCUCUUCGCUGCUCACAAUUUCAGCGAGCAGUCUCGGAUCGGGAGGAGUGAGUUCCAGGAGUUCUGCCCCACCGUUCUCCAGCAGCUGGAUUCUCAGGCCUGCACCUCUGAGAACCAAGAGAAUGAGGAGAACGAGCAGACAGAGGAGGGGAAGCCGAGCGCCAUCGAAGUGUGGGGAUACGGUCUCCUCUGUGUCACCGUUAUCUCCCUCUGCUCCCUCAUGGGGGCCAGCGUGGUGCCCUUCAUGAAGAAGACCUUUUACAAGCGACUGCUGCUCUACUUCAUAGCUCUGGCGAUUGGAACCCUCUACUCCAACGCCCUCUUCCAGCUCAUCCCUGAGGCUUUUGGUUUCAACCCACUGGAAGAUUAUUAUGUCUCCAAGUCUGCGGUGGUGUUUGGUGGCUUCUACCUUUUCUUUUUCACAGAGAAGAUCUUAAAGAUGCUUCUUAAGCAGAAAAACGAGCAUCCUCACGGACAUAACCAUUAUGCCUCGGAGUCGCUUCCUUCCAAGAAGGACCAGGAGGAGGGCGUGACAGAGAAGCUGCAGAAUGGGGAUCUGGACCACAUGAUUCCUCAGCACUGCAACAGCGAGCCCGAUGGCAAGGCCCCGGGGGCAGAUGGGAAGGUCAUCGUGGGCUCACUGUCUGUGCAGGACCUACAGGCUUCCCAAAGUGCCUGUUACUGGCUGAAGGGCGUCCGCUACUCUGAUAUUGGCACCCUGGCCUGGAUGAUCACCCUGAGUGACGGCCUCCACAACUUCAUCGAUGGCCUAGCCAUUGGUGCCUCCUUCACCGUGUCUGCUUUCCAAGGCAUCAGCACGUCAGUGGCCAUCCUCUGCGAGGAGUUCCCACACGAGCUGGGAGACUUUGUCAUCCUGCUCAAUGCCGGGAUGAGUAUCCAGCAGGCUCUGUUCUUCAACUUCCUUUCUGCCUGCUGCUGCUACGUGGGUCUGGCCUUUGGCAUCCUGGCCGGCAGCCACUUCUCUGCCAACUGGAUUUUUGCACUGGCUGGAGGAAUGUUCUUGUAUAUUGCUCUGGCUGACAUGUUUCCUGAGAUGAAUGAAGUCUGCCAAGAGGAUGAAAGGAAGGGCAGCGUCCUGAUCCCCUUUGUCAUUCAGAACCUGGGCCUCUUGACCGGCUUCACCAUCAUGCUGCUCCUCACCAUGUACUCAGGGCAGAUCCAGAUCGGGUAGGGUCCUGCCAAGAGCCAGUGGGACUGCAGGUUGGGCCCUGGCCCCUGGACUCGGCCUCCACAAAGCUCCGUGGAGGAGGCAGUUGGAUUAAAACAGGCACAGGCUGCCCGCCUGCGUCCAGAUGUCAACUGUGUUUAAAGUGCUCUGUCCUAGGAAGAAGCUGCCCUGGUGACCGUUCUCCAGGUAGUGCCUCACACCCUCCCUGCCCGCUUCCUCACGGUGGCUCUGGAACCUGAAUGUUGUGUACAGGACAAAACUCUCCCUUUCCUCUCUGCUCACCCUGGACUCUUUCUCUUGGAAGCAAGCAGUGAGAGAUUUUUAGUCUUUUACCCUGCAGUGUAAAAAUAGAGCUAGCAGUUACAACUUGGUUAGAAAUAUUAGGAGGUGAAGAAAAAAGAAGAAAGAAAGAAACAUCAGGAGGUGAUUCCACACUUUGGGGCCUGUGGCUUGUUUUGAAGCAGAUUCUUCUCUUCUUACAGAGAAGGGACCGGAGACAGGGAUCCCUCCCCGCCCCCCCCCCUUUUUUUUUUCUGCCCCCAGUCUGAUGAGUUGUCUGUUCUCUCAAAGAGAACUUAAAGUUAGCAGGUGAGUAGUGCGGGAGGAGAGGCAAGGACCAUCCUGAGCAUGCCAGGAAAUAGAACCAAUGAUGGGUGUCCUCUCGUGAUCCUCACUUGCUCUCACUGGGGUGCUGGGUGUUGAUUUUGUGCAGCAUCUGUGUCCCCCAGCUGCCCCGUUGAGCCAGCGUGGAGGUUCGAUCGCCUGGGCCUUCUCCACUUUCAGUUAGUACUGAUAGAAUGGAGGAGCAGGAGAUCUGCAAAGAAGCAACGGUUUUUGCUGUGAUUUCCACCUCCCUUUCCCAGCUCCCUUCUAAGAGGCUUUUUUGAUCCCUCCCUAGAAGCACACUGUGAGCACAGUCAGGAUGUGGGGGUUGCGGGGAGACUGCACACUCACCUCCCCUGGUCAAGACUUGUGGCAAGCUGACCCGUAGGAUUAGAAUGCAGUACUUUAUGCUUUACUAUGACAACAGGAAUCAGAAAUGGAAGGAGUGCAGGCAAAAUUUAGGACUUGUUAAUUACAUAAAUAAAAGUUUGAGUACUAGGGAACUCUGGACUAUAAGGUUAAAAACUUGGGCCUCUGUCGAAGGUAUUGCUGCAAGUAGGGUUUGAAUGGCAUUGUCUAGGUUACUGCUUCCUCCCUGGCCCCAGACAUCAGAGGUAGAAUCCUGUAUUGAACUGAGUACAAAUUGCUCUAAUUCUCUGCAGAACAUGGAUGGAUGAACUUGGCUUUAACACUAUGGGCCAGCCUUGGGCACUGUGGAGCCCCCUCCUCAGAACUCUGGCUUCAAGGGGAGCUAAUCUCCAGGUUCACUAGGUGAAUUGAUUUAUUAUUAUCAUAUUGAUAAUGUGAGAUUCUUCAGCCACUUUGGGGAGCCAGUCUCCCCAGAAGCCUUUCUUAGUGGUGCCGCAGUGCAGCCCAGGGGCUGUGUUCGCAUGACUGACAGGAGUACUGGUUCAUUGCCAUCGCCUGAGUUUUUCUGUCCUUCCUCAGAGAAACUGUCCACCAUUAUUAAUUAAAAGCAGCAUCUAUUUUGUUUUUGUUCUUAGGGAACGUCCCUCCAACCAAGAAUAUUCCUGAAAAGAGUAUGAAUGGGAAAACUGCUGGGAGUUCUUAUUAAGUUUCUCUCCCGACCUUGCCUGUUGACUCAGAUGGAUUUAGAAUAGGCUGAAGUAGGAGGAAAUGUUAGCAAUCAAGAGUCUAGAUUGAAUGUCAGGACCGUCUCCUGAAAGAGUUAGGGUCCAGUUUUACCAAAGAACCAAUUCCUUAAAUGUUGGAAUCUAACUUUUUAUAUUUAUCUUCAUCAUUGUGUUAUUGUUUUAAAACAAUUUUGUCUUUUUUGUUUCAUUUUUCUCAAACUGCUUUCAAGAGGUAGCAGAAAAUAACAUUUGAGUCUCUGAGGCUGGGAGUGUAGCUUAGUGGUGGAGCUUCUGCAUAGUACACAUGCAAGGCCUGGGUUCCAUCUCCAGCACCCCCCCCCCAAAAAAAAAAAGACUGGAAGAUUGCUUUAUCUAACUUACAUUAAUCUAUUACAAUUUUAAUUUUA